GAUUCUGUUGUUCUUUUCUUCUUCAGUAAGAGUUCUGUUUUCACCAAUGAUGUCAAGCUCCUUGACCGACCUCAACAGCUCAUCAACCCUAUCAUGAAUAUUUCCAAAGACAUGUUUGUUCCAAUACUUAAUAUGUUGCUUAAGAGACUGCAAUCUCUUCGACCAACGAAAGAUAUGUCCAGAUCCUUGUAAUAGAGAAAGGAGCCAGAUGGAAACACUGUUGUAAAAACGCUCGUCUUCAAGCCACAUAUUUUCGAACUUCCAAGGCCUUUUGAUAUUCCCAUGCAGAUAGGACGGAAUAUGGAAACAUGGAGUCAAAUCCGCCGGUGAUAAAAGCUCAAUCGAUCCGGGAUUGGGAAUUGCUUCCGACUCCAUGACUCCAGGGUAAUAACUGCCAAUAAGAGGGAGUUCAAUAAGUGCAUUAGAGUCGACGGAAUCGUUGAAGGUAGUAAUGACAAUCUUACAUUAACAAAUUUAUUAUUCACUAGCUUACAACCCACCACUUACAACUCAACCCUUACAUAACACCCCUCUCCCAAAACAAUUUCAUUCUUGACCAGCUUACAUUAACAAGACAUCUUGAACUCUAGAACACUCAACCAUGAUUUAAUUUCAUGUAGCUCCUCCUUUCUAUGCAUACGAAGCUCAUCUGAGCAAAUAUUAGGCUUCAGAUGUAACCUUUCGACCAUUAGUUCAGCAACCUCUUCUUGGAACUCAUUGUUAUGGUCUUGAAGUGCCUCGUUCUCUCUCCUCAAACGGCUGAUUUCAAACCCGGAUGACUACCGCCGUUUUGGAAACCGCGAAUCUUCUUAAACUUCCGGUUUUAAAAAAGUCCACCUGCUUUCCGCUGGACUUCAUCUCCGAUUUCUUCUCAGCUCAACCGCCACAUAAAAACCAAAAACUCGAAUCUCCCCCCACCCCAACCCACCACCAGUGCUCGCUCGCUUUCCCUCUCUUUUCCUUGCGCCUCCAAACGCUCCGCUGUCAAUUACGGAUUCUCCGGGGAGCUAAGAACUAUGGCAAUGGCCGGACUGUACCGCCGGGUCCUCCCUUCCCCUCCUGCGAUCGAUUUCGCUUCUUCGGAAGGAAAGCAAAUUUUUCUUGAAGCGGUUCAGAAUGGAACCAUGGAAGGUUUCUAUAAGUUGAUAUCCUACUUCCAGACGCAGUCUGAGCCUGCCUAUUGUGGUCUGGCGAGCCUUUCUAUGGUCUUGAAUGCACUCGCAAUUGACCCUGGGAGGAAAUGGAAAGGACCAUGGAGGUGGUUUGACGAAUCCAUGCUGGAUUGCUGUGAGCCUUUGGAAAAGGUUAAAGCUGACGGAAUUUCAUUUGGAAAAGUUGUUUGUUUGGGACGAUGUGCUGGUGCAAAAGUCGAAGCUUUCCGGACCAGACAAAGCACCAUCGAUGACUUUCGUAAACAUGUCAUUAGAUGUUCCACUUCUGAUAAUUGCCAUGUGAUUUCAUCAUAUCAUAGAGGGGUUUUUAAACAGACAGGGACUGGUCAUUUUUCACCUAUUGGUGGGUAUCAUGCUGGAAGGGACAUGGCUUUGAUUUUGGACGUGGCGCGAUUUAAGUAUCCUCCACACUGGGUUCCACUAAGUCUUCUUUGGGAAGCCAUGGAUGCAAUUGACGUGACAACUGGACAUCAUAGAGGUUUCAUACUCUUAUCACGGCCGCAUACAGAGCCAGGACUGCUUUAUACCCUUAGCUGUAAGCAAGAGAGUUGGACUGGCUUCGCCAAGUAUCUAAUUGAUGAAGUUCCUGUGCUCUUGAAGUCAGAAGACGUGAAAGAUAUUGACAAAGUACUUCAAGUCGUUUUUAUGUCCUUGCCAUCACAUUUUGGUGAUUUCAUCAAGUGGAUUGCUGAAGUUAGAAGACAAGAGGAUGGUGGUGAAAACAUAAGCCAAGAGGAGAAAGGACGACUAGCCAUGAAGGAGGAGGUACUACAACAAGUGAGAGACACUGGCCUUUUCAAACAUGUUGUCGCACUUUUGUCUUCUGCAACGUCUAGUUGUAGAAACGUGCCCACUAAGGGUAAUGGUGAUGAUGAUCUCUCUGAUAUUGCGGCAAAGCUCUGCUGCCAAGGCGCCGAAAUUUUGGUUGGGAAGUCUUUCAAAGGAGGCUGUUGCAUGGAAACAUGCGUAAGAUGCUUGAAAGAACAUGAUGGAAAACCCAUCACUGUAGUCUCUGGAACAGUAGUCAACGGUGGAAGUCAGCAGGGACUUGAAGUCCUGGUUCCUUCAUCUGAAAAGGAACAGAAUUCCUGCAAAUGUGGCCCUAGUAGCCAGAUUUACCCAGCUAGCAAAGAUGUUCUAACAGCACUGUUAUUGGCUCUGCCUCCUGAAACAUGGUCUGGUAUCAAAGACGAGGAACUUCUCAAACAAGUGUUUACUCUUGUCUCCAUCGAAAGUCUCCCUGUUUUGCUCCAAGAAGAGGUUUUGCAUCUGCGGCACCAGCUCCGCCUUCUAAAGAUAUGCUUGAGGAAUAAGGAAGAAGAUUUAGCUGCACCCCUUCUGUAGUCACGAGAGCAGUCUCUUUUAUGUAGUGAACCAUUUGGGUUCAGUUGCUCUGAGAUUGCCUCUGGUUUUCGUAAGCCACGGUAGCAGAGUCCAGAAGGUUAUGUUCACUUCUUAUGCAUGAGAUGAGGCAAAACUAUUACAUGGAGAUCCUAUUCCUUACCUUACAUAUAUUAUUCUUAUGAGUAUGACUGAUUCCAGACGCCCAUUCGGGUAGUUCGGAAAAGAGAGAACAGCUUGCAGAUGUACUGGAAUGAGCCAGAUAGAAUGUCUAAGUCAUAUCACAUUGUUGAUAAAUUUCAUAGCUCAAGUGACUUGAGCUAGAUGCCUCUUUAUUUUUGAGAAAAUAAGUUAAAGUAUUGGUGCAAGUAUAUGAUUUGGUUGAGUUGGUUUGACAUGGGAGGAUGAUGAUGCCUAUCUUUUCUUAUGCUUGCUCAAUACUCUUACAGUUUGUCUGAAGAUAACUCGAGAACGAAUUCAUAUCGAAUUUCUUAAUUGACUGUCUAUAGACUAUAUUCUAGCGUUCACAUCCUUCUUAAGACAUUUUUACUAUAAUUGAAACUAGCGUAAACAGGAUUCCUAUCGAUUAUGUUCAUGCCACUUCGAUUCGAUUGCUCUCCAGAGGAUGCCAUUUUUCCUGUCAAAAUUGGUGGAAUGCGCAUUGACAAGUAAGGCUGUGAUUAUUGAUUAGGGAUGAAAAACUAAUUCAUCGUGGUAUCCAAUUGAGUCCAAUUCAUUUGGGUGGGGAAAAUUCAACUCAUAAUAUUUAUGCUGAGUUUUACGGGAGGGUAAUGAAUUUGGUUUGGUUUUGGUAUUCUAAGUAUCUGUGUUAAAUCCAUCCGAAUAUGUGUUCGGUAGGCGAGUUUUAGCGGUAUCGGUAUGAAACGGUUGAACAAUAGUUAAAGCACAGUUUCAACAUUAAAUACCAUAUCUCUGAGUUUUACGGCACAACCUCCGGGACAGGUUACGGUGAUUACUAGGUAAAUUGUGUAUGAAAAAUAAAUUGUAUUAAUGAAUUCUUUUAAUAAAUUACAUUUUAGAUAGUUACAAGAAUCUAUUAAUUACAAUUCUCUCUCUUUCUCUCAUUUCCAUAAUCUUCAGCCAGAACUCGUUUCCUUAUUUUUCUCAAUCUUCUGCAAAAGAAAAAAAAACACGAAAUCACUACCAAUCCAUUAGACAAUCACUACCACUUUGAAAAAUAUCAAUACCAUUGCAGAAAUAAAUCUAUACCAUUACACGAAAACUACCAAUAUAAAUCUAUACCAUUUCACAAAAAAUCAAUACCAUUGCAGAUUGAAUCCAUACCAAUACACACAAAUUAAUACCAUUACAUGAUAAUCAAUACCAAUGCGACAAAAACAAUACCAAUGCAAAAAAACACUACCACUACGAAAAAAUCACUACCAAUGCGAAAAAAAUCAGAUCUAGGGUUUUUAUUCAUCCCACCUUUUUCAGCGAAUCUGUCGACCCGAGGAACUCCAUUACUAAUGCUCUAGCGAGCAGUGAUUUCCCAACUCCGGUUGGGCCGUGAAAGAAGAAGCUGGUGAAUGGCUUGUUUGGGUUUUUGAGAGCUAUACUGGGUUGGGGUGGUCGGAGGGAGGGACGCCGGGGGGGGGGGGGGGGGGGGGGGGGUAAGACACCGUGCACAUAUAUAGAAUUGGCAACCCCCAUUCUCUCUGCUAACUUUUCUUCUUAUCAGUGAGAGAGAGGAAUAGCAGUAAUGGUGGACUGGUGGUGGUAUUGUUGGUGGUAUAUGUGAAAGAAAUAUCAAAACCACGGUGGAGGGAAGGACGUUGGUUGUAGGGUGGGAGAAGGGAGAGACGGCGGCUAGGUAGAUAGGUUGUAUUAGGGUUUGAGUAUAAUAUAUAGAGUAAUUAGGUGUGGUAUGUUUUUCAUUUCCUAAAUUACCCUUAGCUAAUCUUAAUCAUUAAUUUAAAAAUAUAAUAAAAUAAAGAUAAUGAAUGGUAUAGAUGUUGGUAGCCACCGUGAUUACUCAAAAUUGAGUAACCACCCUAACCUAUUCCCACAACCUCCAGUACGGUUUUACAAUCCUUGUUGCAACUAUGGUUUAAACUCACCGGCUUCAACACCUCGAUCGUUAAUAUCCAUCAAAUAGUAUAAUUAUCUCUUAGACAAAAAUAUUGGUAAUUUUCCCUCACUUUUUAUAAACGUGUUAACAAAGCUUAAAUCAACAUUCUAAGAAAAAAUUCACUUUAUAUCAAGAACUUUAUAUUUGAUUAUGUAAGGACGGUGCAGAAGUAAUUUCCCCAACUCACAAAUGAGUAAGUUUUGAUAAUUCAUAUUACAUCUUGCCUAGUUUUGGUUUCGAGAAUGGUUAGAAUUUUAAAAUCAUGAUUCUACGAUGUAUAUAGAUUAUAGAGAAAUCGACCCCACUCAAAUUUGUUGUCAUCCUAGCUAUGAUGCAGAACCGGCAACCACUAGCAUGUUAUUAUUCCAGUUUUGUACUUUAGUACGCUUUAGGGUCAAAUACAUAACUAUAUUAUCAUUUGUACAUUAUCUGGUGCCGAUUGUUUUAAGUAGUGUGUUCAAACUUCAAAACAACCAGCUAAGACCAAACGAAAAGAUAAAAGCAAUAAAAUUCAGCAUAAGUGCUAAAAUAAUAUGCAACAAUUGUAGGAACUAAUAGCCAUUCAUAGGUUCUGAAAAUCUGGAACUGUCGUUGUGAAGCUAGCUAACAAUAAUGCCAAUUUCAAAAGUCAAAUGCAUUUGUGGCUAUGUCUAUUUUUUAUUUAAGGAAAAAUACAUCUACAAAGACACAAUUUUCCCGUGUGUGACAAUAAUAGUCAUUUAUUUAUAUGAGAAUGGAAAGAAUGAAGGAAAUUUUCGCAUUUUCAAUUUUUUUGCAAAAAGAAAGAACAAAAUUUUUUUGGUACAUUCAGAUUUGGUUUUUCAAAAUUUUAGGGCAAAAACCAAAACGCUCUCGAAAGUGGUUAUCGAUCUUCCAUCAAAGCUUCUAGCUUUGUUAUGAGAUUACCAACAACUAGAUCAUGCGAUUAUAGUUAACCGACUAAUACACAUCAAUUGCAUAACGGGUAACAUAACCGACUAAAUGACUAUGGUUAUAACCGAAUCGAACAAAAUAUCGGCCCUAGCAAUAACAAUGAAAUGUCUAUUUAAUUAAGAAAAAAAUGUGGGGAUGGGAGAAGUGAACUUGACCCGGUUCGAGGGCCAAACUUAACCCGACAAGCCUGAUUCGUACAUAAUUGUAUAAUUGUAGAUUAUAAGAAUUUAAUAGUUUUAAAUCGAGAUUCUACGGAAUUUUAAUGUUCGAAGAUUCAGUAGUAAAAUCAGGAUCGGAACUAGCAGGUAAGAUAGUAAAACUGUAAGAUUUUAAUUACACUGGUUAAGUUAUGCGAUUGCAAUAACUCAAUCAUCCAAAAGAAUACAAAUUGUAUAAUUACUUCAAAAAACCUUUAUAAGUACGAAUAUGAGGUAGAAAUAAAUUGUCUGAAAUUGUAAAAAAAUGUUUGAAAUUAGUGUAAUAAAUAAAGUGUAAGUUGUAACAAGUAAAGAUUAAGUAACACAAUGCGCUGCCCCGAACAACCCGAAACCUGUUUCGCUCGCAACCCAUCCGACCCGUAACCCAAUCAACCCGUAACUCGAUUGACCAGCAACUCGAUUAAUCGUUAAUUAGAUGAACCCGCAGUCCGACUGUACCACAACAUGAUGAACCCAAACGGACUAACCCGCAACCCGACUAACCCAUAACCCGAUGAACCUAAAACGCGACUGACCAAUGACUCAAUUGAACCCGCAACUCGAUGAAUUCAACACCCAACUAACCCAUAACCCAAUUGAACACGACCCAAACCCGCUCAAUUGACACCUCUAGUUCCAGCAGAUAUCACAUGAGCCAUAAGAGGUUGGCCACAAUACCCCCUGCUAGUCCAAAAGAAUGGUGCUCGAAGCUUCUCUUCCACACACUCUACUGGAGCAUCUGGAAGGAAAUUAAUUUAAGAAUUCUUCACAAAAAAUAAUCGCCACCUCAACGCAUCUGCUACAGUAUUGGACGGCUCAUUGCAAACUUUUUGAUCACUACAUGGAAAGUCGAAAGAACAAUUGCAUAAUGGUGGAUAACUAUUACACCAAAAUAAUUGCCACCUCAGAAAGGUUGUUCGUUUUACAAUCGUCAUACUUCUCUGUGACUGGUAGAUUGCAGCAAAGAAGAUCGUUAGAGAUAUUGUAACUAUUGCUCUUCCAGAUUGGUUUUUGAUGGUCGAUUUGGGUUGCUAAUGUGUGUUUGCCUUACCUCGGGUUCAAAUGGAAUGAGGUCUUUGUAAUUUGUGCAUAUUUUACAAUGUGGUUUGAGCUUAUGGCUUUCUUGGGGCAAGGCAUGUUCUUAAGUUGUUCUUGAGGGGGAUGGCAGUUGAUGGCGGACAGGCCUCCUGCCUUGAGGUAUUUUUUUUUGUUGAUGCAUGUUACUGCCAUGGGUCAGGUUUUCUAAUGUGUAUUAUCUUUUAUCAUGCUUGACUUGCUAUUGAUUGCAAUCCUAAUCUGUGUAACUUACUCCCUUCACCUUUGUAAUCAUUGUUAUUUGGACCUAAAAUGAUCAGGUGGGUAUCGAGUUUGUUAUGAUUUCAGCUUGGUGCUACUCUAUAUUUGAUUCUUUUCGUGCUCAUGUUUGACCUUAUAAGUCGUUAUAAACGCGCUGCUACGGAUCGGGAAAUCGCCGGAAUCGAUAAAGCAAGAAUACGAAAGCGAGAAUCGAAAAACAUAGACACACGAUUUACGUGGAUCACUAACACGAUGUGUGUUAGCUACGUCCACGGGCGAGAGAGAGCCAGUUUCAUUAUAUCGAGGAGAUUACAGAUUACAGAGGAGUAUGAGAAGUAUUUAUAGUACUUCUCCAUGUGAGUCUAAAACCUAAUCCAAUCUGGUAAAGGAAACGGUUACAGACCAGGCCCAGAGCCCGAACCCAAAUAACAUUGAGCUCAUACACCGUGGGCCCAGCGAGACCCCCGAUUACCAGUCGUAGCGGCUAAUAGUCCGAUUCAAGUCACAUCAACAUAAGUAUUCCUAGAAACCCGUCCAUGAAGAAUAGGAAUCUGUAAAUACUAAAUACUUUCUCAUGUUAGGGGAGGGCUGAAUUCCUACACAAUACCAAAUUUCUCUCUUAUCUGAGCUCUAAUGGAAAAUAAGACCGUAGAUUUAUCCUUACUAAUAAGCUCCCCAAACACAACAAAAAGUUCGACACGCUCCACCUAAAUAUUCAUGUGUUUUGGAUUUGCUUAAGCAAAAAGCACUAUCUAUAUUAUAUGAAGGAAAAAAAAACUGAGACAGAGGCUGCUACCAACGAAAACAUUGCUUUCCAGUUCCCUUACAUAAUUAAAAAAGAUAGGGUGAAGUGAACAUCCUUGUUGCAACCCUCUGCUCGGAGAAAAAGGUAUUUGUUUCCUCACCAUUCCAUAGCAGCCAAGCCACAACACCCUAUUGUAAACACCAAUUCCUCAAAUUGACCCUAGCCAUGGAAAACAACCUUGAGUUAAACUAAUCAACAUUUAUUAAUUGGAUAAUAAAGAUAGUUGUUGAGAAAAUAUAGGUGCCACAAAUUCUCUUCGUAGAGUUCAAGCAGUGAACACAAUUGUGUCCCCAAACUCGAACUACUUAUAAGAGAUUCACAAAUUUUAGAGGUGUCUCAAUGCGCCUCUAGAAGAUCAUUGGUCCAUCCCUGUCCCAAAUUCAAACUACAACCAGAUAGAUCGUUAUUUUCAAAUUUUCGAGGCGUCCUGAAAUACGCUUAAAGAAUUUUGGUCUGGCUCUGUCUAUGUUUCCCCUCCAUUCCAAAGCAUUUUGUGUAAACAUGAAUUUCUUAAAUAGACCCCAUCCCCGACAAACAACCGGUUGAGCUAAACCAAUCAAACAUUUAUUAAUUGGAUAAGAAAGGUCAUUUGUUUAG